CCCAGCAGCAGGGGGCGCUACCCGCGUGUAACCUCCCAGCAACACCCGGUUGGGAGAACGAGCUUUGUUUUGAAAAGGCACCCACUACUCAGAUGUUAAACACGGGAUGGCUAACCAGACAAACCUCGAUGGUUCUUCCAGGACGGAGAGAAAAGCAUUAGAAAAAGCCAAGAUACUCCAACGAGAACGUGAGAGGGAAGUCAUUCGGCUGGUAGGACGGAUUCUGAAGAAAGCAGAAGCUGAGAGAUCGGAGGAGGAAGCCUCGGUGCUUCUUCUGCACAGAGACACUGUGGACGAGUUCUGGAAAAGACAAACACGCAGAAAUGAACUCAAGAGAAAGCAGGAAGAGGUGUUUGACGAUGCAGAGGAGCUGAAGAGGAAGGUGAGGCAGCUGGCGAUGGCGGUCCAGCAAGCCAAACACUUGGUGGUUUACACAGGCGCUGGAAUCAGUACGGCCGCUUCCAUCCCCGACUACAGAGGUCCCAAUGGUGUUUGGACACAGCUGCAGAAGGGCCGUGCGAUCAGCUCUUCAGACCUGAGUAAAGCAGAGCCCACGCUGACACACAUGUGCAUCAGGAAGCUUUAUAAGGACAUGCUGGUGAGGCAUGUUGUGUCUCAGAACUGUGAUGGCCUCCAUCUACGUAGCGGUCUUCCCAGACACGCCCUGUCUGAGCUUCAUGGAAACAUGUUCAUUGAGGUGUGUACAUCCUGUUCUCCGGUCAGGGAGUACGUGCGUUUGUUUGACGUGACGGAGCGAACAUCGCUGCACCGCCACGGCACGGGACGCAGGUGCUCGCACUGCGGCAACGAGCUCAGGGACACCAUCGUGCACUUUGGGGAGCGAGGAACCCUGGAGCAACCUUUGAACUGGAAGGGAGCCACGGAGGCGGCCAAGAUGGCCGACGUGAUCCUUUGCUUAGGGUCGAGUUUGAAGGUGCUGAAGAAAUACGCCUGUUUGUGGUGCAUGAACCGACCAGCAAAGAAUAGACCCCAACUGUACAUUAUUAACCUCCAGUGUGCUUGUGAUCGUCUCACUCAGUGGACGCCAAAAGACGACCUGGCUGUGCUGAAAAUCAACGCAAAGUGCGACGAUGUCAUGCGUCUCCUCAUGAAGGAGCUUCGUCUCCAGGUUCCCGUUUACAACAGGACAGAGGACCCAAUCUUCAGUCUCGCCACGCCUCUCACGCCUGAGGAUGAGCACAGCCACACCCGUGCACUCAUCGCCGCCCACGCGGGCGAACCCGACAGGCCGGCAGGAAGCCAGGAAGUGCAGGGGGGCUGGUUUGGAAGAGGCUACGGCAAAGGAAGGAAGAAGAAGAAGAAAGCCGCCUAGAGGUGAAUUAAGGACGUUACGAUGACGAAUCGGACAAGCUGAGGUGCUUCAUUGAUGUCAUGCAUAGUAAUGUGAUGUAACGUAGCACAAUGACUUAUUUAUGGAACAAACGCAUGCAGCAGGUACUUGGUUUACAUACGCCCAUCACGGGCUCACUUCUUUUUACGCUUUUCCAAACGAUAGCGUGUGUUUAGAAUAUUGGCGGACAUGUGUCACCUUGACCAGACACUUCUUGGUAGGAAUGAGUGAAGAUGUUUAUGUUGUAUAAUCAUUCCACCCCCCUGCUUCUGGUGCACUACCCGCUUUGUCCACAUGGAAGACAACGGCAACAAACUACACUGGAACCCGCUUAUGUUGGCAACCCGUCUGCACGGACAGCCCAAUUAUGUUGACAACCCAUCUACGGCAACCCGUUUGUGUUUACAACCCAUCUAUGGCAACCCGUUUAUGUUGACAACCCAUUUACGUUGACAACCCAUCUACCACAACCUGGUUAUGUUGACAACCCAUUUACAUUGACAACCCUUCUACCACAACCCGUUUAUGUUGACAACCCAUUUACGUUGACAACCCAUCUACGACAAACAGGUUAUGUUGACAACCCAUUUACGUUGACAACCCAUCUACGACAAACAGGUUAUGUUGACAACCCAUUUACGUUGACAACCCAUCUACCACAACCUGGUUAUGUUGACAACCUAUUCACGUUGGAAACCCAUCUACCACAACCUGGUUAUGUUGACAACCCAUUUACGUUGACAACCCAUCUACGACAAACAAGUUAUGUUGACAACCCAUUUACGUUGACAACCCAUCUACCAAAACCUGGUUAUGUUGACAACCUAUUCACGUUGGAAACCCAUCUACCACAACCUGGUUAUGUUGACAACCCAUUUACGUUGACCACCCAUCUACCACAACCUGGUUAUGUUGACAACCCAUCUACGUUGACAACAUAUCUACCACAACCCGUUUAUGUUGACAACCCAUUUAGGUUGACAACCCAUCCAUGACAAACCGUUUGUAUUGACAACCUAUCUACGGUAGCCUGUUUGGCGACAACCCGUUGACAACCCAUCUCUGACCAUCCCUUUAUGUUAACAACCCUAUUUUGUUGACAACCCGUCUACCUCGACCACCCGUUUGUCCACAACCCGUCUACUUUGCAAACCUUUCAAUGUUGACAACCCGUCUACAUCGACAACGCGUCCACAUUGAAAACUUGUAAGCCGACAACCCACUUACGAUAACCUGUUUAGGGUGACAACCCGUUUACGUCCACAACCUGUCUACGGCGACAACUUGUCUGCAUUGAAAACCUGUUUGUGCCGAUAACCCGUUUAUGUUGACAACCCGUCUACUUCAACAAUCUGUCUACAUUGAAAACUUGUUUAUGUUGACAACCCGCUUAUGUCGACAACACAUCUACUACAACCCAUGUGCUGUAUGUCGACAGCCCAGCAAUGUUGGCAACCCAUGUAUGACGUCCUGUUUGUUGACUAUUUGUCUUUGUUUAUUUUAACAACCCGUCUUCCUCGACCAUCCGUUUACAUCCACGACCCGUCGACAUCAAUCACCUGUCUACAUUGAAAAACCUGUUUAUGUUGACGACCCAGCUACGCCAACCCUUUUAUGCUGACAACCCGUUUUUGUUGACAACCCGUCUACCUCGAACACCUGUUUAUGUCCACAACCCGUCUACAUUGCAAACCUGUCAAUGUUGACAACCCGUCUACCUCGACCACCCGUGUUACGUCCACAACCCAUUUACGACCUGUUUAUGUCGACACACAGUUUAUGUGGCCCACCCAUUUAAGUUGACCAACUCAUCAAGGCCUGGUCCUCCCUGUUCUUAUUAUUCCUAAAAAGUGCCCGCUUAGGUCGACAUAUGCGGUGGAUCGCUUUUGUCAACAUAAAAUGUGAGCGCCAAAGAGUCCCUUUCUAUGGAAAAAUAGGUCGGUUUAUGUCAACAUGUUGUCGUCAUUGUAACUUCAUCAUCCUAUCUAAUUACACACGCACACACACUGACUUCCUGUUCAGUGCAAAAUGAGCUUCAAGGUAAAAGCAUGGCGGUAUCAACCUGAAUUGCACGUUUUUCAGCAAAGAAAAUGCUAACAUUUAUUUAUUUUGUUUUUUUUAGAAGAAAGCGUUGCGCAUGUACAAAAACGUUAUUGUCAUUGUGGUCAAGAUGUGCAAGGAAAUGAGUUAGAUAAGAGCAUAAAAUAUCAUGAAAAAGCAAGAAUCUCAAUAAAAAUAUGCACAAAUGGACGAACACCAUGUCAACAAGCUUGUUUUUAUUAUGACUAUUAUUCUCUGCAUGUCUCUGUACAAAGUCAAGUAACGUGCGAGCAACGGUUGGCGUCGGUUACGUCAACAACAGUUUAUUCCCACGUCAGCCAGCCAGCCAGUCUGAGGGGUGUCGACAUAAACGGGUUCCACUGGAAUUGGCAGCUCAGUGUUGCCGCUGGCUCUUGAUUUGCAAUAGACCUUUUUUGUUUGUCAUGCAAAUGAUGGUGUAAUUGCCAACUUGCGCAGCAUUGCUAACAUGCUAACAUAAGCAUAGUAGCAUGCCAUUUUCAUAGGUAGACACAUAUAUAAACACUUAGCAUUAUUAUGCUAGGUGUUACCAUGUCAGCAUUGACAUUGUCACUACUUUAUAUUUCCUCAGCUCUCAGACCAACACUCUGCUGUCAGUAUAAGAACGACUAUUUGUUUACAUUUGAUUUCUACAUGAAGUUUCAUUGCAGAGUUUGAAUUUUUCUUUUGUUUGCAUUUGUUCUUGCUGACAGAAUGUUUGCAGUUUACUGAUGUGGUGUUAAAGAACUUUUAGUCUCAGGAAGGUGGCAACAUUGUGCACAUUUGUCAAAGGUUACAAGGGGCCAAAGUAACCACACACAGCGAUUGUUGAGCACCAUUGCUAAAAUUGUGAGCAAUAAAGACAGAAUAGAAAGUGCUUUUUGUGGAGACAAUAAUGUACGGAUCAUGUACUUGAGAUACUGUACAUUAUCUAGCCCCAAAUGGUCAGUAUACAUCCUAAUAUACAUGUAACCUUUUUUUGUCCUCUGGAAGGGACACAUUUUUUACUUUUGAUAAUGUUCAGUAUUUUUACAAUAAAUACAGUAAAUAAGUACAUAACUCUGAAGACACUGACAACAGCACAUUUUCGAUUGACUUCUACUCCGAUUUCAUUUCAAUAAGAAAAGUGUGGCAUGAAAUUUACUUGAAUUUUGUUAAGUCAAGUAAUGGUUUUUGAUGUCAGUAUACAAUACAUUUUAAAAAUGGAGUAUAAAAACGUGGAUUUUUUUUCCCCAGCAAAAAGUGAAAACAUUUUUUCUAGACAAAAAAGUUUUUUUUUUUUUGACUUACGAUGUUACUUUCAUAAUAUUACGUCUUAAUUCUCCUAAACCUACGACUUUAUUUUUGUGAAUUUACAACUUUAUUCUCGUACAUUUUCGACUUUGUUUUUGUAAAGUUUCGACUUUGUUCUUGUAAAGUUUUUUGUGUACGACUUUAUUCUAGUAAAUGUACGACUUUAUUCUAAUAAAUGUACGACUUUAUUCUAAUAAAUGUACGAUUUGAUUCCCGGAAAAGCAUGACUUUAUUCUGGGAAAUGUACGACGUUAUUCUCCUAAAUGUACGAGUCUAUUCUGAUAAAUGUACGAUUUUAUUCCCAUAAUAUUACUAUUUUUUUUUCGUAAAUUUACAACUUUAUUCUCAUAAGACUUUAUUCUCAUAAAUGUACGACUUUAAUCUCCUAAAUGUACGAUUUGAUUCCCGUAAAUGUUCGACUUUAUUCUCCUAAAUGUACGACUUUAUUCUCCUAAAUGUACGAUUUGAUUCCCGGAAAUGUACGACUUUAUUCUCUUAAAUGUACGAGUCUAUUCUGAUAAAUGUACGAUUUUAUUCCCAUAAUAUUACUAAUUUUUUUUUCGUAAAUUUACAACUUUAUUCUUGUAAGACUUUAUUCUCAUAAAUGUACGACUUUAAUCUCCUAAAUGUACGAUUUGAUUCCCGUAAAUGUACGACUUUAUUCUCCUAAAUGUAUGACUUUAUUCUCCUAAAUGUACGAUUUGAUUCCCGUAAAUGUAUGACUUUA